UCCCAACAAAAACAAAUAGAACAGCCGUGCACAGCAUAUGAUGGAGGUGACGGGAGCGCGCGCCGCUGCGUGCAGGAAAAACAAGGGCCGCGCAAAUCAUUCAGAUCUAGCGGGUAGCUAGCGCGUGAGCAGACAUGUCCACCGAAACCUCCACGAAGACUCUGAACGUCCUCAUCGGCUGUACGGGCAGCGUCGCCUCCGUCAAGAUACCCUUGCUGGUGCAACAACUCCUGAAUCAGAGGUUCCAGGGAUACGCCUCCGUAGACCUGAAGGUAGUGGCCACUAGCCGGGCCCUUCACUUCUUCGAGCGCUUGAUGAUUCCGCGCUCGGUACCGCUGCUGGUCGACGAAGACGAAUGGUCGACCUGGCGUAAGAUGUCCGAUCCCGUGCUCCACAUCGAGCUGAGGCGCUGGGCCGACGUGAUGGUAAUCGCUCCGUUGGACGCCAACACCAUGGCCAAGAUAGCCAACGGAUUGUGCGACAACCUACUCACCUGCGUCGUCAGGGCUUGGGACCUGAAAAAGCCGCUGCUCUUUUGUCCCGCCAUGAAUACUCACAUGUGGUGUCACCCGAUAACGGUGCAGCACGUGAGGACCCUGGCGAGCCUCGGCUACACCGAGGUGCCUUGCGUCGAGAAGAAACUUGCCUGCGGGGACCGCGGUUACGGGGGCAUGGCUGAGGUUCCCACCAUAGUGAGCUACGUCGUCGCUGCCGCCUUAGAGAAGGCGCAGCAGUAAUUGUAUCGGCCCCUCAACUACGCGAGAACAGCCGCAAAGCAGGGACACUCAUUUUCCUUGAUCGCGAGUCUAUUGUUUGAACUGCCACUGUUACUCUGGGAACUACAGGCACGCAAGCAGCUCGUUGCUUGGGGCAAGUACCAUUCCGUCGUUGUGCAAACACUGCACUGAGGCACGUAUCUCCGAAAAGUGUGAUAUUACAGCAGAGCCUCGGCACUACAAAGUGAAAGCGUGGUUUUGUUGCUUUUUGCUAGUGUGAUGUUGUAGAUGUGCGGUGAAAAUAAAUGGCAUGCACUAAGCAGUA